AAAAAGGCUUCUGUCGGACGCACUCCGUACCGCCAACUCAUUAUUUCCAGUCCACUAUUCUUACAACCAUGCCAGCUGUCGUAGACGCUUUCAAGAAUCUCAUCCGCAAACAUCAUCACCAUCGGCAUCCUGACUCUGACCCCCAGCCAUACACGGCGCCUGUGCCAGAGUCAAAUCACCAGCCUCAGCAUCGACAACAACAACAGGAGUCGCAGCAGCAGGCUAAGCUACGAGCUGAACAGGAAUCUCAGAAACAUCAGCAACCUGAGAAACAGCAACAACCUGAGAAGCAACAGCAGCAGCCUGAGAGGCAGCAACAACAGCCUGAGAACAUACCUCAGCCUGAGCCCGUACCUGACACCCGGCAUCAAAAAAUCAACACCCCCGUACCUGAGGAUCGAGAGCCAAAGAAUAAACUGCCCACCUACAAAGGCUUGGAGAACUUCAAGCUCUUGGAUAAGAUGGGAGAUGGCGCAUUUUCAAAUGUUUACAAGGCACUAGAUCUAACAACUGGGCAGACAGUCGCAGUGAAAGUCGUUCGUAAAUUUGAGUUGAAUGCUUCGCAGGCCGGCGAAAAACAUCUCAAUAUUCAGUUCAAGAAAAAGCCGCGCGUAACAGAGCGAGCCAAUAUUUUGAAAGAGGUGCAAAUCAUGAGGGGAACAAAUCACCCAUCGAUCGUAAAGUUGAUCUCAUUUUCCGAAUCACAAGAACACUAUUUUCUGGUUAUGGAACUCAUGGAGGGCGGGGAGUUGUUCCACCAGAUCGUCAAAUUGACGUAUUUCAGUGAGAAUUUAGCAAGACACGUGAUUCUUCAGGUUGCACAAGGUAUUCGUUAUCUUCACGAGGAACGUGGUGUUGUACAUCGGGAUAUCAAACCGGAAAAUCUGUUAUUCGAACGGAUACCUAUCAUUCCUUCAAAAGGUUCCGUACAACGUCCGUAUGACGAGGAAAAGGAGGAUGAAGGCGAAUUUGUCCCAGGCGUUGGUGGAGGCGGAAUCGGGCGAAUCAAGAUCGCAGAUUUUGGCUUAUCAAAAGUGAUCUGGAACGAAGAAACGAUGACGCCAUGCGGAACUGUUGGCUAUACUGCCCCCGAAAUCGUCAAGGAUGAACGUUAUUCACAAAGUGUGGACAUGUGGGCACUUGGCUGCGUCCUUUACACUCUUCUUUGCGGAUUCCCGCCGUUCUACGAUGAGAGUAUAAACGUCUUAACAGAGAAGGUCGCGCGGGGAUAUUACACAUUUUUGAGUCCGUGGUGGGAUGACAUCACCCAUUCUGCGAAAGAUCUCAUCCAACAUUUGUUAUGCGUGGACCCUGCUCAGAGAUAUACCAUAGAUGAGUUCCUUGCUCACCCGUGGUGCACUGCCGCUCCUGCCCCCCCACCAGUAUCACCCACUCCUGUUUAUGUCAACUCUCCUCCGCUUGACUCUCCUCUGCUUACCGCUGCUCGUGGUGGCGUUUUAGAGGCUCGUUCUCCUGGUCUUGCAACGCUCAAGGAAGCAUUCGACAUUACCUAUGCAGUUCACCGUAUGGAGGAAGAAGGUGCACGUAGGCGUGCAUACAAUGGUCGCGGCGGUGCCGGUAUCCGAGGAUACCUGCAUGGACUUAAUGAGAACGAGGAAGACAACGUCGACGACAAAGUCCUCGUACACGAUGCACGGAACAGGAGAGGGGAGCUUGAGAUGCGUGCAUCAAUACCGCCUACCUUGAGUGGGUUACCUGGCGCCGGGGCGAAGACCGUCGCAAAACGCAAUGUCAUCGGUGGACCUAACCAAGCAGAUCGCAGUCUUUUGGACGGUCGCGCUGGCCCAAGAGAUCGCGGCCGCCGUCAACCUGGUGGCCCAGGUUUCCAGUUAGAUAUGGACAACGCAACCCUACUUGGUCGUCGCAAUAAAAAGAUGACAGGACCUGGUAUUGCGGAAUCCAGUCCACUAUCGCACGCUGUCCACAUAGAUGACUACUCGUUUCCGCCUGGAAGUCCUAUGCGGAUCGUCUGAUGAUGUCGGACGUGCACGUUUUUUUUAUCGUCCCUGGAAUUCUUCUCUCGCCGCGUUUCAACCAAUCCCUACUGAGUUGCCUGCUUUCAUCAAUCAGUAUAAUAUCUUCAAGCAUAGAAUACCUUUGCUUUCAAUCGGUUUAGCCCUGCAUUCUUUUCCAGCAUGAAACACUCGCACAUACUGGCACAUACUGAUAAUUAGUUGUCUCAUACAUGCUACAUUGUUGUUUCUAUUAACUGUUGUACCUGCCGCAUGCAUACAUCUGUACUUCAUAAACACUGCACUGUAUUACAUGCAAAGGAUCUUCAUGGUAU